AUGGUACCUAGAGGCCUAAGGCUGAAAAAAAACUGCACAUUUGAUUUACCUGACACAUUAUCAGAUGAAUGGUUUGAGAUUCUAGAAAUGGCUUCAAUUGGACUUAUGAAAGUUAUUGUUAAAGCUAGAAAAAUUCACCUUAAUGAUAUUAAAAAAACAAUCGAAAUAUCUAAAAAUAAACUUGAUAAUUUAGAUAUAAAUGAUAACUACAAACAGACGCAAUUAGAGAUUAUUAAUAAACUCUCUGAACAGAAAGAAAUCAUUAUCACUCAGAAGAAUUCCAAAUUCAAUAGGGAUUUGGAUGAUUACAAAAAAACAGAAGAUACUAGCACUAUGAAUGAUGAACAGACAUGUACUGAAAAUGCAGACACAAUAGCGGAUAAUACUACUACUUCAUCUAAGAAAGACUUGGCCUCUUUAUUUAGUAAGAAUCAUUCAAAAAUACACAAUAAAUCAAAUUAUACCACCUCUCACAACAGUAAUAUAGACAAUCCAAACCAAAAUAGAACACAGACUCAUCAUCAAACACAGAGAGGCUGUGUGCUUCAGUCUGCUGCUGCUGCUGCUGCUGCACAGUUAUAUACCAGCUGCCUGGUUCUGACUCACACUUCCCAGCUCUGCAUAGAGAUGACUGCAAUCAGGGCCAGUCUGCUGCUGGCUGGAGCUCUCUGUCUGCAGAUUGCCUCAAACUCAUCGCCGGAGAACCAAAAAGUCAAGCAGAGAGCACUUCGUCAGAAAGAGUUGGAGAUUAUAGAUAGAUAUAAUGGAAUGUGCAUGCAAGGACCAAUGGGCCCACAUGGUCGAGAUGGGACUCCUGGAGUCAACGGUAUUCCUGGGACACCUGGAAUUCCAGGACGUGAUGGAGCAAAAGGAGAAAAAGGAGAAUGUAUGAAAGAGAGUAUUGAAGAGUCCUGGACCCCCAACUUCAAGCAGUGUGCAUGGAGCUCAUUAAACUAUGGCAUUGACCUCGGGAAAAUUGCCGAAUGCACAUUUACCAAGAUGCGUUCUCAAAGUGCAUUGAGAGUGGUCUUCAGUGGUUCUCUGCGCCUUAAAUGUAAGACAGCUUGCUGCCAGCGGUGGUAUUUCACGUUUAAUGGGGCUGAGUGUGCUGGACCUCUACCUAUUGAAGCCAUCAUUUAUUUAGAUCAAGGCAGUGUGGAAUUCAACUCCACAAUUAACAUUCACCGCACAUCCACAGUGGAGGGGCUGUGUGAAGGGAUCAGCUCAGGACUUGUUGAUGUUGCUGUCUGGGUCGGAACUUGUGCAGAUUACCCAAGAGGAGAUGCUUCGACUGGAUGGAAUUCUGUGUCUAGAAUCAUUAUUGAAGAAUUGCCAAAAUAAAACACCAAUCAACUUCUUUUUUUAUAUUGAAUAAAUUGCACAAUAAUUUGUCUAGGUGCAGCAAUUAUUACCUCUAGAGAUGGUUGAAAGCAACAGUGAACAAUGUACUGUAUAAUAAACAAUAAUGGUGCUUCAUCUGUAUGUAUAAUCAUUAAAAAAAAGUCUCUGUUAAAGGGACAUGAAACCCAAAACAUACAAUUUUAAAAAUCUUUCCAAUUUACGUCUAUUAUUCAAAUGUCCUUUGUUUUCUUGUUAUCCUUUGUGGAAAAGCAGGACAGUCAAGCCAGGAGUCUGCAGUACUAUAUGGAAGCAGUUUUGCAACAAUUGUAUACAUUAAUAAGAGCACUAGAUGGCAGAACUAUUUCAUCUCAUGUAGUGCUCCAGAAAUGUGCACGCUACCUAUCUAGAUAUCUCGUCAACAAGAAUAACAAGAGAACAAAGCAAAUUUGAUAAUAGAAAUAAAUUGGAAACUUUUUUUAAAAUUGUAUUUUCUAUCCGAACCAAGAAAGGACAUUUUUGGCUUUUAUGUUCCUUUAAGGAGGAUAACUGCAGUCGUAACAUUUUCUGAGCUGGCUCUUAAGAAAUUGAGAUUACUAUUGAACAUUAGAUUGCGCAUUACACUGCGGCUGUACCUUAUUUUAGAAUCUACCCGUGAACUUUUUGCAGACUAUUUCGAAUCAUUUUGCAUACUUCUUUUUUUAUAAAUAAAACUACAGAAACAAA